CUCGUGUCUAUAUUGCACAGUGACGGAAGCGCGCACCGUCCUGGAUCAGCACAGUCCAAGAACCGCCAGAGAAAGUUGUUUGGAAGUGGUUGAUCAUGGCAGAAGAUCUGACGACUCCCUUGCUCUCAGACUCUGAAGUUGCUGAUGCACCGGGUGUGUGUCUAACCAGCCAAACGGUGGCCAUACUCGGCUCCGGAGACUAUUCCCGCUCGCUGGCUCGGCGGCUGCUAGCUUGUGGUGUUCGCGUGGUGGUCGGGAGUCGGUGUGUGAACCGCAUCCCAUCAGGACUGUUUCCUGAUGCAGUGGAGUUGAGGAACCAGGAGGGGGCAGCAUCACAAGCAGUGUGUGUGGUGUUUAUGGCCUUGUUCCCUGAGCAUUACCGCUCCCUGCUGGGACUACAGUCUGCACUUGCAGGGAAAGUGCUUGUGGAUGUUAGUAACGCAGCAGAGAUGAAAAUCCAUGGGCCUUCCAAUGCGGAGCGACUAGCUGAACUGUUUCCAGACAGUCUGGUGGUCAAAGGAUUUAACACAGUUUCAGCCUGGGAGUUGCAGACUGGACCUCAUGAUGGAAGCAGACAGGUCCUGAUCUGCAGUAACAGUACUGAGGGGAAGAGGAAAGUUGUGGAGUUGGUUCGGAAGAUGGGCUUCCACCCGCUGGAUGUGGGCGGCUUGUCUGCUGCUCGAGAAAUUGAGGUUGCAUCAUUGCGCCUGUUCCCAUCUUGGAGCGGCGCGAUCAUUGUCACCUUCCUCCUCUUCUUCUUCUUCUACGGCUAUGGCUUUCUGCGGGGAAUUCUGCUGCCAUUUCUUGCACAAGGACACAAUGCUUUCUACCGUCUCGCCCUCAGUCUGGUGAAUGAGAGCCUGCCAGCAGUGGCCCUGGUGACCCUGGCACUUGUAUACUUACCAGGCUUGUUUGCUGCGUGGUUGCAGCUCUGGAGGGGCACCAAAUACCAGCGUUUCCCAUCAUGGUUGGACUACUGGUUGCAGCGGAGGAAACAAUUGGGCCUGUUGAGCUUUCUGUGUGCAGCGUUGCAUGGUGUCUACAGCCUUUGCCAGCCGCUGCGCAGAAUCACACUGCACAGGCUCGUCAAUACUGCCUACAGACAGGUGAAAGCAGGCGUAGAGGAGCCCUGGGAUGAGCUGGGAGUUUGGCGAUCUGAACUGUACCUCUCUUGUGGAGUGUUGGGCCUGGGCGUCCUCUCUUUACUGGCCAUCACUUCCCUUCCCUCAGUGGGAAACACCCUCAACUGGAGAGAGUUUACCUUUGUACAGUCAGGUUUGGGCUACAUAGCUCUGACUCUGUCCAUCAUGCACACGCUCUUCUUUGGUUGGGAUCUCGUCUUCCACAUCGAGGCGUACCCGUUCUACAUGCCACCCAGUUCUGUGUUGGCCGUGGCUCUGCCCUGCGUCGUCCUGCUGUGCCGAGCCGUUCUGCUGCUGCCAUGCAUCUCCAUCAGACUGGCACGGAUCCGCCGCGGAUGGGAGAGCAAACGCAACUGUCCAGUCUUACAGACUCAUGUGGCGGAUGAUGGAAUAGCAUAGGAAGUCUGAGAAGAAGUACUAGGAGGAAUAUAAGGAGGACUUUUAUUAUAGGAUGAAGUGAUACGCGGAUAUACAGUUGCAGUGCCCAACAGUUUAAACA